GGUGUGGGGGGCUCUGGGGAGCCCCGGGGGGUCAGAGUGUACGGGAGUCCCAGGCCCCUCCGGCAGUGGUGACAGCUUGGCAGCCGGGGCCCCCUCUGCCCCGCCCCAUGCCGGCGGGGGCCGGGCCAGGCGCCCCGAGAUGAAGCGAGCCGGGGCGCUGCGGCAGGUCUCCGACUUCAGCGACUUCGUGAGUGGGCGACGCCUGCGGGAGCUGCUGAGCCAGCGUGGGCCGGGCGAGUCGCCGCGCCAUGUCCAAGCCAGCCCGGAUGGGCAGCACCUCCUGCUGCUCCUGCGUGGUCGGCCGGCGCCCCAGCCCCAGGUGCUCGCCUUCCCGCGCCUGGGCACCGGCCCGGGGGACCUGGAGAGGAGCUGGCAGCCGCCCCAGCCCCCCAUCACGGGGCUGCUCUUCCUGCAGAGCCCCGCAGCCCUGACCUCCUGGGUGCUGGCCGUCGUCUGGGAGCAGGGCAGGACCGAGGUCUGGGGGUUCGUGCCAGCGCUGGGCUGGCAGCUGCAGCAGAGCCUGGAGCUGUGCCAUGGGGCCCGGGCUCGGAUCGUUUCCAUCUGCAGCCAGGGAAGCAGCCUGGUCUGGUGUGAAGAGAGGCCCCCCUCGGACACUCAUCUGGACCCAGGCAGGGGGGCCUUCAGGUACUGCAUCUGCACCAGAGCUCUGGAGGUGGGGGAGCAGGGGGCACACCUGGGCGCCAUGAGGAUAGUGGUGCACAAUAGCCCCCAGUACCAAGUCCUGGCCUCACCCCAGCAUGUCUUCCUGGUGCCCACCGCUGCCACCUUUGCCAGCGUCUCCACGUUCCUGCUCAUCUGGUGCCCCCGGGAGGCUAAAGUCACCAUUGUGGCCCCAUCUGGCGGGUUCGCCCACAGUGAAGUCCUGCACUCCAGUGACUUCAAGAAGCUCGUGUUUGGGUCCAUGGGUCUCCUGCUGUCUGUGCCGCCUCUGGACAUUCAUACUUGUGCCCUGUCCAGCUGCGGGGGGCUCCUGCUGCUCAGCACCCAAGGCACGGUGCAUCUGGUUCAGCCAGAUGGGACCUGGAGACACGUCUAUGAUCUGGGGGGCAGCUGCCCGGCCCAAGGAGACCCCGUGCAGCUGAAGGCCUUUGGCAGCACCCUGGCCUGUGUGCUGGCGGGGGUCUUGUAUCUCAUUGACUUGACCAGUGGGAGGCUGAUUGAGAAAAAACUCCUGAGCACCAAAGAGGUGCAUUUCCUGGGGUCCCCAAGCAGGGAGGAGGAGAUCCAGCUCCUCACCCCAACCGGUAUCUAUUGCUUCAGCUUCUCCAGCCCGGAGGAGGAGGAGGGCGGCAGGCCUGAGCCCACCCUGGUGGAGAUGGUCUUUGAGGAAGCCUGCAAGUACUACCAGAGGCGGAGCCUCAGCAGCUCCCAGCUGACGGUGGAGAAGCUGAAGAAGGGGGAGAUGUUCCAGGCACCCAUUGCUCUCUCCUCCAUCCUGCAGCACAGCCUCCCCUCUAAGGAGAGGGCAGCCAAGGGCCUCCCGGAGACCUACGCCAAACUGCUGAGCACCCUGAGCGUGGAUCUCCAGAGCUACCUAAGCCUGGAGCUACUCAAGUCCUGCAUCGUGGGCGCUUCGGAGAGCGAAGUCGACAGGUGCUGCGAGGAGCUGGUGGAGCAGGAGGUCAGCCGCCUCCUGCGCCUGGACUUGGACAGGGAGAACCUGGCCUAUCUGAACGCUGUCUUCGGUUCCUUCCCCAAGGCCUCCUGGAAAGCCAUCCGGGGCAGCCUGCAGCUGCAGCAGAACGGAGACGGGCUCCUGGUGGCCAGGGCCACCUCCGACAUCUGGAAGAAGGUCUUGGGGGGGCCAGCCCCUCCCUGGUCCCCGCAGGAGGAGAUGGGCCUCAAUGGGGUGGUCCCGCUCUUCGAGCUCGUCUGCGGCUCCCUGCACAAGUUCAAACCCAAGUGGCUGCCCCACUUUGUGGAGCUGACCCAGCAGUACGUUGGGGCCUCCUGGACAUACAGCACCAAAGAGGGCCCCGAGGGCGGGGUGCCCCUCUACAAGAGAGCACUGGCCGUUCUCGACAGGCAGCGCCACCGCACGGCCAGCGAGCGCGAGCUGGAGAUCGAGCUGCUGCUGUGCAGCGCGCGGCCCAAAGCCGUCCUGCAAGCCGUGCAGCUGCUCAUCCACCUCCGCCGGUGGCAGCGGGUGGUGGAGGCCGCCGAGAAGUUUUCCAAGCUCAGCCCGCUGCUCAACAAGGAGAUCUUCACCACCCUCCUGGCGCAGUUCGCCCAGCACAGGGACCUGGACCCGUACCUGGCCGCCCUGUGGGAGCUGUGCCCUGCAGACCUGACCGUCUCGGAUAUUCUCAGCAUCGUCCUGCAGCACCUCCCCAGCUCGGCGGGCGACCCCGCUCCCUUCUCUGCCGGGGGGGCCCCACUGACCCUGGCCUUGCUGAAGCCGCUGUUGCACAAGGUGGCGCAGCGCCAGUGCACUCAGGACGAGCUCUAUGCUGACAUCUUGCAGGGCCCUCCGUUCCCGCCCCCCGCCCCACCGAGACAGCACAGGGCUGGCCCCAAGGCAGCCCCGGGAGUGCCGCAGCAGGCGGGAGCGUGCAGGACUCCUUUCCCGGACUGUAACCUGAGCGACGCUGUCUGACGGGCCGUGUGUACGGAAUGGGAGUGAAAACCUAGCCAGCGGGGGUAGGGGCAGCAAACGCCAGCCUGCCCCCCCCCCCCCAAAGGCAGAGACCAACUCUAGUUAAACCUUCCUGCCUCAACUUCACUCCCGGGCUACUGCACUGCUCAGGAGGUGAGGGGGGCGGCCCAGGCUAGACCCGGGGGGAGCACUGGGGUGACUGGGGGGUUUUCCAGCUGAGGCAGUUCCCUAGAGAAGGCGUGUGGGGGAGAGAGAGCGUGCACUGACUGCACUGAGAGCCCCUCUCCUGGCCUGCAGCCCCCUUUGAGCUCAACGCUGGCGUCCCGCCCUCUAGAAAUGGAGCCUGGGGGAUAAAGUACAAAGUCUUAACCCAAAUUCCCAUUUCACUUCAUUUGUUGUUGAAAGUUCCCUCCUGUGACUUGCCCCCGGCCAGGCUGUGUGGAGCAGGCGCGGCCCUUCGUGGCACGGGAUCGCUGGGGGCUGAACCCGCUCACACGGGCACUGCCGGCCUGGACCCAGCCUCUAAACCCUCCCCCUGGGGGCUGUGUUCUGCUCCUGAGCUCCUGGCUGGCCGGUCCCUGGGACCUCUGCCUGGGCCUCCAAGGACGGAGGUGGCCCUGGCGGCUGCAGCCGUCUGUUUAUCACCUUGCUAGAGUUUCUCUCUCCCCCCCUGGGAUCGGCUCAUUGGCUGCCCUGGGUGGGUGCAUGGCCGAUUCCCUUAUGAAACCGCAGAGAAGGAGCGAGCUCCUGUCCUGAAACGGACCAUGCUAGCGCUGCCUGGGGCCGGCAGCUUUGCCCUGCAGUUCCUCCCCUGCAUAGGCAGCGCAUGCUGGUGUGGCUGUCGCGCAGGAGGCAAACACGACAGACCUGGCCUGUCCUUCUCCGUUCCCAGCCCCGCUACCUUUGCCCUGGGCUCUAACCUUAUCUCAGCCUUCCAAGAAUCAGAAGUGCAGUGUCAGGGCUGUCUGGUCCUUCCCCGCUCCUCUGCUGGCUAAGUCAGGGUAACGGGAACAGCUCCGGGGUCUGGUCCUUCUCCUGGCCAGGUUCCUUCUCUCCCCCCGGGGACGCCAGACGCUGGUGGGCUCGGGGCAGGGUUGGCUCCUCCGGUGGAGGGGCGAGUGCCUGGGAUUAGAAGAGGAGACCCGGCCGUGCUCACAGCCCCUGGUUGAGGCUGGGCUGGGGGAAGCUCGGCUGGUUUGCUUCUCCCAAGGGGGGUUGUUUUUUAAGUGUGAGAGGAAACGUUUUAAAGAAACCUAAACUGCCCGAGGGUUCGUUUUAUCAAGAGUCCUGGGGCAGUGCUGGGUUUAACGGCUGCCGAGUGCGGCCGUGCACCUAUUUAAACGGGGAGAGGGGGCCUGGGUGCUGAGCCCCUGGGGUUCCCAUGAGCUCCAGCUGGAGUCGGACGCACUCGGCCCUGCUGACUGGCUGCACGGGCUGGAAACAUGCACAAGGGUUUGUGUGGGUCAGUGUGAGUUGGGGGCUGCUGGCCGGCUGGCGCUCGGCGCUGGCUGGUGUCUGGAGGAGGGAGGCAUGGGGAGCUGGCUGGAUCGAACGCCUCCAGCCCCAAUUCCCACGGGUGGCGCUGUCCGUUCUCUGGGCACCUCAGGUAACCGCUGGCAGCUUGUCGGGCGCUAGCCGUGGGCCAGGGAGGAGCUUUCCCGAGGGCUGCAUGUGUCACCAGCAGGCACAAGGAGGGCUCUGGAUGGUGCUUCAGUCAGUCUCCACCCCCCAGGGCCCAGCUGCAGUGGGUCAGGGCAGGCAGGGUGCCUGGGGGGCAGAGCAGAGUCUGUCCUGCAUCAGCCACUCACUUGCCCCACUGCUCUCCCAUGCCUUCCUCUGGGCUCUGCCCCCUCCCUUCCAGCAGGGCCUUGCUAAUUAGCAGGGCAGGCAGGAGAGGCCCCGGAGCUCCUGCCACCCAACAGCCAGAAAUCAUGUUGACUCGACAAAGGCUCUGAGCCUUCUCCCUUCCGCUGGGGGCGUGGGGAUCGCUGCAGCCAGCCCUGCCCGAGCUGGAGGGGGGAGGUCGCGCUGGUAGGGUGCAGUCAGCUGGACUCCGGUGCUGGGCUUCGCUGGGUCCAAGGGGCAGCCCCCUGAGUGACUGCCCGUCCCCCUCGGUGUGUGGGUCUAGAGCGGAGCCCCUCUGUCAGGCAGCCCCCUAAGCUGCAGAGCUGCCUGCUGGUCCCUGGUCCCAUCUGCGUUAAAGAUCAGGAGUGGGAGGUGGGUGCUGUGGGGAUUGUCUACACCAGAGCCCUUCACCCUGACUGGCCUGAUCCCAUAGGUGAGCUACCCUGGCCGGCCUGGUGCCAGGUUAACCCCAGGACUCCAGCCGUAGUGUAGACAGCUCGGGUGCAGGGACUGGCCGCUGUGUGACUUCCAAACCAGGGAGGAGCUGUACCUGCCUAGCCCCUUCUGCCCCCAUUACUGUGCCUUACGCCCCAGGCCCUGGCGCACGAAGGGGCUUUGCUCCCUCAGGCAGCUGCUGGGCCUGUGAAUGCAGCUGCUCCCUGGGCAAGUGAAGCUGUUUUAAGGGGUGGGGGGUCGGGGAAGGGGCUGCUCCUGGGACCAGCUCAGAUCCCUGCCUACCCAGCUGCCGCUGCCAUGGUGCCAGCAGGCCCUUCCCCCGCUAGAUUUCCAGUGAGUGUCGUUAACCAGCCCCUGUCAAACAUCUCUCAGGGUCGAGAGAGGAGUCUGAGGCCGAGUUGGGCGGAUGUGUUUGCACACGGGAGGAGUCUGCAGUUGUUGGCUUUGCAUGCCGCUGUCCGGUUGCUGUUGUCCUAUAUGCAACAUUAAACGGUGUUUAACGA